GAAUUGUUAAUGUUAAUGUCCUUGUCCUCUCCUAUGCCUCCUCUGGUCGCCGCUUUCACCGAAGAUCUUGUUCUUCGUUUCAUUGAAUUUUCUACUGUUUAUUUGUUUAUUUUCCAUGAUUUUUUUUAUCUGCAACUCCUGUUUUUACUGGCUCUGCUGUUCAUCUUUAUUUCUGGAAAAGCUCGAGAGUCCGCAUAUCCCGUAGGGGGUGGGUUCGUGACCUUUGAAUAGUUUUUUCAAUAGAAGCUUUCGGUGCCUGGUUCAUGCCAAGAUUCAAGCGCUACUGAGAAUAUAAGACGCACUUAAGGGAGUCGAAUUUCGGCCUGUCGCUAGUUCUUAAAAGCAUAAGGGUAGCUAUAUCUGGCUCAAUUGACAAAUGGCUAAAGAAGUCACUGCCACUCCAUCAACGUCUUUUGACUAUGUGCUGUUGGGGGAUAGUGGUGUGAACCCAAGAACCGUCAGAGGCACAUCCAGUCAUACAAGUCCAAGGAUCGAACCUGAGAGGUUGAAACUUCGGCACAGGAUUGGCCGGGGACCGUUUGGUGAUCUUUGGUUAGCAACUCUUCAUCAGUCAACUGAAGAUUAUGAUGAAUACCAUGAAGUUGCUGCCAAGAUGUUGUAUCCAAUCAAAGAGGACAAUUUGAGGAUUUUAUUAGACAAAUUUGACGAAUUAUAUCAUAAGUGCCAAGGAGUAGCUGGGGCUUGCUGGCUUCGUGGAAUCUCAAUUUUAAACGGAAGGAUAUGCAUCAUUAUGAAUUUCUAUGAGGGUUCUGUUGGUGACAAAAUGGCUAGGCUCAGAGAAGGAAGGAUUUCGUUGCAUGAUGUGUUGAGGUAUGGAAUCAAUCUGGCCCAAAGCAUUCUGGAACUUCAUUCAAAAGGAAUCCUAAUUCUCAACCUUAAACCUUUUAAUGUGCUUCUUGAUAAUAAUGACCAAGCUAUUUUGGGAGAUUUUGGUAUUCCCAGUCUUCUGCUUGGCCUCUCAUUCCAAGGCUCAGAUAUGGCUCACAGACUGGGGACUCCAAAUUACAUGGCUCCAGAACAAUGGCAACCUGAAGUCAGAGGCCCCCUAUCUUUUGAGACAGAUUCAUGGGGAUUUGGGUGUACCAUUGUGGAAAUGCUGACCGGUAAUCAACCUUGGUAUGGGAGAUCAGUUGGUGAAAUAUACCAAUUAGUAGUUAGAAAGCAUGAGAAACCUCUUAUUCCCAGUGGUCUUCCUCCUUCAAUUGAGAAUAUCCUCAGCGGAUGCUUUGAGUAUGAUUUAAGGAAUCGUCCCUCAAUGGUGGAUAUUUUGAGUGUAUUUAAAAGCUCUCUGGAUGCAUUAGCCAAUGAUGGAGGAUGGCAAUUUCUCGGAACCAUGAAGGUUGCUGAAAAAUCAAGUAGCACAGGCUAUAGUGAUUGGUUUCUUUCAAAGGAUCGUCUCCAGGUGAAUGACAUGGUAAGAUCUAGAAAACCAGCCAAUUCAUGCAAACGUCAAAACAUGGAUGUCCCGGACGGAACUGUUGUAGGUUUAGAACGUGGUGCAGAUCAUGGUUUUGUUUUAGUGAGGAUCCACGGUAUUCAUGACCCCUUGAGGAUUCAUAGUUCAACUGUGGAGCGUGUCACAUUUGGUUUGGCAGCCGGUGAUUGGGUAUGCUUGAAGGAAGGAGAUGAGAAGCACUCGCCAGUGGGCAUUCUACAUUCCAUUAGUCGUGAUGGUAGAGUGGCUGUUGGAUUUAUUGGGAUGCAAACUCUUUGGAGAGGUAAUUCUUCAGAACUUGAAAUGGCAGAACCUUACUGUGUGGGGCAGUUUGUAAGGCUUAAAGUCAAUGUCUUGAGUCCUCGAUUUGAAUGGCCUCGUAAAAGGGGAGGGGCCUGGCCUACUGGUAGGAUAUCAUGGAUCCUACCAAAUGGAUGUCUAAUUGUCAAAUUCCCAGGGAUGUUGACUUGUAGGGAUGAAGCAAGCACCUUCUUAGCUGAUCCAUCCGAGGUUGAAGCGGUUAACUUUAGUACUUGCCCUGGGAUCAUAGAGAAGUAUAAACACAUAGAGGAUCAUCAUUGGAUGGUCAGACCUGCCCUAAUUGCAUUUGGCCUGUUUACAGCUCUGAAAUUAGGCUUGUCAAUAGGAAAGAAAAUGGGGAAGAACAAGGUGCACGCAAAAGAGAGCGGAAAUCAGCACGUAGAUGGCCAGAAUGCUAGCAACUCUGCCUGGAGAUCUUCUGGUGCUGUAAAUACUGGCAACACAGUAUGGGUUCCUUCAGUUUCCAAUAUUCUUUUCAGAGAAGGCGCCAAUGCACCAACUGAUCGGUAGUAUUACCACUCUGAUGUCGUCAUAGUCAAAUAACUUAUGAAUGUACAGGUUACUAUUAACUAGCCUCUGCACUAGUGAAGGAAAUCCAUCAACUGUACUGCUAUAUUGCAACUUGUCGAUACAUCGAAAUGGAACAAUGUAACGUACCGCAGACUUGGCAUCUCUCUGAAUGCAAAAAUUGUAUAUGUGCUUUCCUAUGAUUAUCGUACAUUGUCCAUGCUUAUUUUCCGCCCAA